AUGAGCUGCCACACGUCUUCGCUUCUUCUCCUCGCUUUCUUCCUCGCGGCGGUCUGGACGAGCGUCGUCGGGGCGGCGACCUGCACCGCCUUUGAGGCCGACACUGACUACUUUGGCAACGACAUUGCGUCCACGUCCCAGCCGACGGCCGCCAACUGCUGCAACGACUGCGCCGCGACGCCCGGCUGCAUUCUGUACGUCUGGACUAACACGAACGGUGGCACGUGCUACCUCAAGAACGCCCAGGGCCCCGCGUCCAACAAGCCCGGCGCACAGGCCGCCGUGCUCACUCGCAGCACGUGCGCCAACGUCAAGUUCGACUGA